UACGCACCCUUCUGAACAAACGGUCUAAGUUCUAUCCGCUUUAACACCCCCUGCCUACUCUAUUACUCUACUCUAGAGAGAGAAACAAGGAAACCAACCCAAGCCGUCCUAGAGUGCGAGAAACAUAUAUACGUACAACCAAUACAGGUAGAGAGAGAAAGUGGAGAAAGCGAGAGAGAGGGAGAAAACAUCUAUUAUAAUUUUAAUAGUUGCACGGGUUGUGUCGGCUUCAACCAGGCAAAGACCAUCACCGAUCUCUCUCUCAAGUCCAUCUCUAUUGGUCCUUAACUUUACUCUUUGUGAAACCCUAAUUGUUUACCAGUUUGCACUGCUAUGCGAUCCAGUUCUCUCCUUUGAGUUUACGGUGUUGUUUCUGAACUUAUCUGUGGAGCUUCUUUUUGAUUGAAAUGGGUAUGGAAAUGGCGGAUUGUUCUAGGGCGGAAUCAAAUCGGUGUUAGAUCAGAGCAAGAACCUUUAAUAUAGAAGCAGUUCCCUUCCUUGAUUGAGGCUUUGCAGACAUCAUCGUAUAUCAAUUGCUUCCUCUGAGGAUUUAAUGGUGGGGUUUUCCAUGGAAAAUCAUGUCUCUGCUGGGUCCCAUGCAGGGGUUUCAAAUGAUGCUUUAUACAAGGAACUGUGGCAUGCCUGUGCUGGACCCCUUGUCACGGUUCCUCAUGAAGGGGAACGGGUUUAUUAUUUCCCACAAGGUCACAUGGAACAGCUUGAAGCAUCAACUCAUCAAGGAUUAGACCAACAACUCCCUUCAUUCAACUUACCAGAUAAAAUACUCUGCAAAGUGGUGAAUGUACAGCUUCGGGCUGAAUGCAUAACGGAUGAAGUUUAUGCGCAGAUAACUUUGCUUCCUGAAUCGGAUCAAGGUGAGGUCACAAGCCCAGAUCCUCCACUCCCAGAACCUGAAAGGUGCACUGCCCACUCAUUUUGCAAGACUCUUACAGCUUCUGACACAAGCACCCAUGGUGGUUUCUCAGUUCUUCGGAGGCAUGCAGACGAUUGUUUGCCU